AUGAAUGAUAAUGGUGCUGAAUCAGUGACCAUUACAGAAGUAAAUGGAUUAGUGAUCAGAUUCGAUCGAUUCAGGUUUCGUUACGCACAUGCGAAAGAUCGUCUACAAAGGCGUUUGUUCAAUGCGGCCAAAAAGGCCCUGGCCCGGAUUCCAACUCGUUCGGUGCGAUUAGGUGAUAAAGAACUGGACGCAGAUUGUCCGGUCUGCAUCGACCCCUAUCGCACCGGUGAUAUUGUUCGCGCACUUCCGUGCAGACACGUUUUUCACAAAACUUGUGUCGAUCCAUGGCUUUUGGAGCAUCGAACGUGUCCAAUGUGCAAAAGUGAUAUUCUUAAAGUAAGAUUCUGUACUGCUUCUUUAAUCAAAAUUCUGAGUGCAUCUAUGAUUCCCACCAAGGUUGAUAUUCGCAAGCAAAAAUUAACACUCGAUCAACGUUGUGAUCAAUCGCUGCGUGUCUGA